CGCCGCCGCGCUCUUCACAGACGGUCACUUCCCACGCGCGCCCUCCGCACCCGCACUUCCCGAACCCCCUUUUCUCCGACCUCAGAAGUCGGAAACGCCACCUCGGGAAUAUUCGGAUAUUACAAGCUCGCGAGACGUGGGAGCCCGGGCUGCGAGGGACCAGCGGCCUCUGCGCUCUGCUCACCUACAUACGCCACGCCCCUGUCGCGAUGUCCCCGGCGCUCCGGUCCUUCUCCCAACCGGACGCGGGAGCCCUGUGCGUCUCUCGCAGGCGGCGCGGGAGCCUGGGGGACUUGCCGCGGACCGGUAGGGGAGGCGGGAGAAGACAGGAUCUCGCGACAGCCGCCGCCCACCGCUUGAGGGGACCGCCGAGGGGGCGAUGAGGGCCGGGCUCCGGUUUGGUUUCACCUGUAUUUCAGCAGAAACGUGGUCUCGGUCCGUUUCCUUCUCGCCGGCCCGAACUCAUCCUCAAGUCACCGAAAACUCAGGAAAGGCCUUUCGCGCCCCCCACUCCCCACCCGCAGUUAUGUUAAGUGGUAAACCGCUUUCAUGUAAAAUCGAGCUUAGCAUCUCCAGACAUCAAGGUCUGUGUCGGCUCUCUUAAGGACUCCAGUGAACUCAUUAAGUCUCACCUUGAAUGGAUGGGGUCACAUCUGCAUGGAAAUGAUCUACUCAAAAGGCCCACCAACAAAUGGAAAAUCAGGGGAAAGCGCGAACGCAGUCCCCCACUACCACAAAUUAUGCAGUCGAGUUUCCCACAUUUGGGGAAAUCGCAGGGGUCAGCACAUCCGGAGUGCAAUGGAUAAGCCUCGCCCUGGGAAAACCACCUUCGUGAUCAUGGUGUCUCCCCUGCCAGGUAAGUAUGAGUUGCUCGCCCCGCCUCGCCCCGUGCACUCGCCGCCGCCGCGCUCUUCACAGACGGUCACUUCCCACGCGCGCCCUCCGCACCCGCACUUCCCGAACCCCCUUUUCUCCGACCUCAGAAGUCGGAAACGCCACCUCGGGAAUAUUCGGAUAUUACAAGCUCGCGAGACGUGGGAGCCCGGGCUGCGAGGGACCAGCGGCCUCUGCGCUCUGCUCACCUACAUACGCCACGCCCCUGUCGCGAUGUCCCCGGCGCUCCGGUCCUUCUUCCAACCGGACGCGGGAGCCCUGUCUGUCUUUUGCAGGCGGCGCGGGAGCCUGGGAGACUUGCCCCGGACCGGUAGGGGAGGCGGGAGAAGACAGGAUCUCGCGACAGCCGCCGCCCACCGCUUGAGGGGACCGCCGAGGGGGCGUUGAGCUAAGCCAAGUUGAAAGGUGAAAUCACUGCCCUCCCCCCUACGUGGGAUCAGACACCC